UUUAUAUCCGGUCAACAGCCUCCUCCAGUCAAAGGAAGAGAAGAUGGCGGCGCUGCGAGCUGUGGCUCUGUCGGGGAGUGGGAGAGCGCUCCUCGGCGCUCCCAAAACCGUCAAGACCCCCAGGGCCAACAUGUCCUUCACUAGCCUGCCCCGCAGCCAGAAGGUCGCCCUCACCACACUUGGUGUGGUGGCAGCUGGAGGUGCUGGGUUGGCGCUGGCUCUUCACCAGUCUGUUAAAGCCUCUGACCUGGAGCUUCACCCCCCUCACUACCCCUGGAGCCAUGCGGGACCUCUAUCUUCCCUGGACCAUGCCAGCAUCCGCAGAGGUUACCAGGUCUACAAGCAGGUCUGUUCUGCCUGCCACAGUAUGGAGUAUUUGGCCUUCAGGAACCUGGUGGGAGUUUCACACACAGAAGAAGAAGUGAAGGCCAUUGCCGAGGAGGUGGAAGUGGUAGAUGGACCUGAUGAGUCUGGCGAGAUGUUCACCCGUCCAGGAAAACUGUCGGACUAUUUCCCCAAGCCAUAUCCCAACCCUGAAGCUGCUCGUGUAGCCAACAACGGCGCGCUGCCUCCUGACCUCAGCUACAUCGUCAACGCCAGACAUGGCGGCGAAGACUAUGUCUUCAGUCUACUCACUGGCUACUGUGAGCCCCCUGCUGGGGUGUCAGUCAGAGAGGGACUCUACUACAACCCCUACUUCCCUGGCCAGGCAAUCGGGAUGGCCCCUCCCAUCUACAAUGAGAUCCUGGAGUAUGAUGACGGAACUCCGGCCACCAUGAGUCAGGUUGCUAAAGAUGUCUGCACCUUCCUGAGGUGGGCUGCCGAGCCUGAGCAUGACCAACGCAAACGCAUGGGACUUAAGCUCCUGAUGGGUGCCGCCGUCCUCAUCCCGCUCACCUACUACUUGAAGAGACAUCGGUGGUCGGUGCUCAAGAGCAGGAAGAUUGCCUACAGACCCCCCAAAUAAAGACCCCCGUCCACAUUGCCCAUCACCACUGACCAUAUGUAAAGACUGACCCAUUCCUGGUGCGCCCCCUAGUGGUUUUCAAUCUUGUAAAAUCUGCUUAUUUUGGUUUUAAUUGUUUUAUCAUGAAAAGCCUUUGUUGUCCACGUAGAGUCGAAAAAUCAAGAGGCGAUGGUCCACUACUGUCACAACCUGAACCCUGCAGCACUAGAGGGGCGGAGCCUUGACAACGCGGUCCGUCUUUACAUCCGGUCGGUGGCCAAAACUCCUCAGUGUUGUGUUCAAGGACCCCACAGCACUGACAUUGACAAACACGCUCGCCUUUUAAAUCUGUUGCGAAGGCUUUUUCUUGGCUGCUCAUGUAUCGGAUGUUCUGGGGUGUUCUUGGGCACAUGGUAACUGAACACAAGCCCAGUGCUGCAGGAGGUGGACUGACGCGGUGGAGUCAUGGUGGUCUCCUGUUUUACUGUAUAAAUAAAUUAUCUCGA